ACAGGAGGCUUCUUCAACAGAGACAAAAGGCUUCCGUUUCAACCAAUGCUGUGGUUUGCUAGCGAACAUAGAUCCGGAGCAUUUAAGCUCGUCAGACUAAUCUUGUGUAUAUUAAUCUUAGUGUUUAGAACACAAUUCUGUUUACGCAUCUACUUGUUAAUUUAAACGUAGUUUGCUUCUUAAAUUAGCGAAUGUGUUAACUUGAUACUGCACAAGGCUAAUCGCCCGGAGCACGAGGUCACGAAACUAGACGGAGAAAGAUCUGGUGAAAGGAGAGGAAGAAGCUUUCAGAAUGGAAGAGGAGGCUAUCACAUUGAAACAAGAGGAUGAUAUUACAGGGAAAGAGGAAGAUGGGAAAGAGGUUGUCAGAGUGGAAAAUGAGGAGGUAGAAGCUUUCAGAAUAAAAAAGGAUGAAGAUCCCGUAACAUUGAAGAAAGAGAAUAUAGUGAAAGAAGAGGAAGAACGUUUCAGAAUCAAAAAUGAGGAAGAUGCCGUAACAUUGAAGGAGGAGAAUGUAGUGAAAGAAGAGGAAGAACCUUUUGGAGUAAAAGAGGAAGAGGAGGAUAUCUCAAUAAAAGAGGAGGAAGAUGUUUUAGGAGUGAAAAAGGAGGAGGAGUCAGAAUAUCCGAUUACCAUCCGAGAGAGACAUGACGAUCCUGGAUCCUCUGGGGAGCCUCAACAACAUCCUGAUGCUGACGAGGCAGAGAAGAGUCUCUCCAGAUCAGAACACCAGAUGGUACAGCUUGGUCUGGUCUAGCAUACAGCUUGCUCU